UAGAUUGGGACCAUAACAGUAAAUAUCUUCGUCGAUUGUUCUACAUAUCUUCUGAUCAAAUUGAACAGUGGUUAAAGUAUGGUGAUGUAAUUUUAAACGAUAAUACUGCAGCUACAAACUAUUAUAAAAUGGUGCUGUCACUUUUUUUGGUAGUUGAUAAUCAUUUAUCUUCUCGAUUG